AAGAGCAAAGCCGAAACACGUGUUUCCGGUUACAAGUGUCCGUGUGGUCGGUGUUUCUUCUCAGAAACAACACAAACAUGCCGAAGGCAAAGCAGUCGAAUCGAAGGAAGAAGUUUGACUACGGCAAGGACCGGAAGAAGCUGAAGAAACAGUUCAUAAAGAAGCAAAAUCCGAGGAUUGAGAAUUCACAGAUCCGAAAUGCCUGGGAUCACGGGAAGUCUAUGGCCAAGAAUCUGCUGGAGAUGGGUCUGUCUUCUGAUCCAAACCGGACUCUGCCAGUAAAGAAACAGGGGCUCCGUGAUGACAAACUUCCUGCCCACAUCGUCACAAAACCGUACAUCGUCAAAAGGCUGGAAGCGGACGCCAACCUCCCCCAGAAAGACACCAAGACGUUAUCCUCCGACCUGAUCGAGUACGCCCAGUACAUGGUCCGAGAACACAAGGACAACUACAAGGCGAUGGCCAGAGAUGAGAAGAACUACUACCAGGACACACCCAAACAGAUCAGGAGGAAAAUAAACGAGUACAAGCGCUGCCACAAGCAGCAUUACGACGCUUUCGUCAAGUCCCUCAGCCCUCCAGAGCCGAUGGCUCAAUAGGAGGAUCGGCAGCCCACUCUGGACGGGAUAUUACGGCAAAGAAGGUGUAAAUACAGGACAUUAGGACUGUUAAAACAGUCCAACGUUUGGACCGCAGAUGAUUCAACUCUGACAAGACUGGAGUUUAAGGAGCAGCAGCAUCUGUGUCUCACUGUCUGCUGUCAAGGUCAUUUAUUUGUGAUUUCCCCAUUUUCUUUCCAUGAUCUUGCCGACAGCUGUCUUUUAAUAUUGAAUAUGAAUAUUUUUCCUUUAUCCUAUGAUAACCUUGGUGCUCAUCAGCAUACCUGCUGUUGUCCACUGCAGGGAAAGCUGCAAUACAUUUGAACAAUUUAAAGUUACAAUGCACAGAAAAUCCUGUUUGUGAACAAUUGAACCAUUUUUAUUGAGUUGAGGGUUAUAAUAUCAAGCCGUUACAGUAAGAAAACAUUUUUAUAGAUAUACCUUUAUUUAAAAAUAAAGGUUCCUUGAUGACAGAA